AUGUGGCGCACUCUGGAAACCCAGGUGUGCCCAUGCCUGGGACACAAGUCUCGACUCCAUGCGUUCAGUAUCAUCAUCCGGCCCCUCUUUGAGUCAUUCAAUGGCAUGGUCUCCACGGCCAGCAUGGAGAGCCUCACCCAGACCUCUCUCGCCUGGCUGGACCAGCACUGCUCCCUCCCAGCCCUUCGGCCAACUGUCCUGAGCUCCCUCCGGCAGCUGAGCAUUUCCACCUCUAUCCUAAGCGACCCGGCUUGCAUCCCGGAGCAGGGCCACAGCGGGUCUGUCUCCUGCCUGGACUUCAGCAGCAAUGGCAAGUACCUGGCGUCGUGUGCUGAUGACCGCACAGUCCGGCUGUGGAGCACCCGGGACUUCACGGCGCGGGAGCAUCGCUGUCUGCGCGCCAAUGUGGGGCUGGACCACGCUGAGCUCAUUCGCCUCAGCCCCGACUCACGGGCAUUCAUUGUUUGGCUGGCAAACGACGAAACUAUUCGUGUCUAUAAAAUGACUAAGAAGGAUGAUGACAGCUUCACCUUCACUGCAACUUCUGGGGACUUCCCAAAGAAGCACAAGGCUCCUGUCAUUAACAUAGGAAUUGCAGAGACAGGAAAGUUUAUCAUGACAGCUUCCAGUGACACUACCAUCCUGAUAUGGACCCCGAAGGGUGAAGUCCUGGCCAGCAUUAACACUAACCAGAUGAACAAUGCCUACGCCACAGUGUCGCCCUGUGGGAGGUUUGUGGCAUCCUGUGGCUUCACCCCUGAUGUGAAGGUGUGGGAGGUGUGUUUUGGCAAGAAUGGAGACUUCCAGGAGGUGGCCAGGGCUUUUGAGUUGAAAGGCCAUACUGCUGGCAUACAUUCCUUCUCCUUCUCUAACGACUCAAGGAGGAUGGCGACUGUGUCCAAGGAUGGGACAUGGAAGUUCUGGGACACGGCCGUGGAAUAUAAGAAGCAACAGGAUCCGUACCUGCUCCUGACGGGGAAGUGUGAGGUGACGGAGCCAUGUCGCAUCGCCCUGUCCCCCGACGCUCGCAUUGUCGCCAUCUCUAGUGGCACAGACAUUGUUGUGUACAACACGAGGCGAGGCGAGGAGGAGGAGCGCUUUCUGGCUGUGCACGGACAGGCCAUAACAGACUUGGCUUUUGACACCAACAGCCGCUACCUGGUGUCCUGUGGGGACCGGGCCAUCCGUGUCUUCCACAACACCGCCGGUCACCGUGCAGUGGUGGAAGAGAUGGAGGCCAUGCUGAAAAAAACUGGGAACAAGGCCACCCGUGAGCGGCUAGAGCAGCAGAUCUCUAGUGCCCGCAAAGCACUGGCAGCCAUCUAUGGCAAGAAGCACUAG